AUGAUUGAGGAGGAGCGAGGGGCCCGGAAGCAGGAAGUUCAGGAGAUCCACAAGAUGUUGAUCGAAGUGUUCGCCAAGCUACAAAACGGCAGCGCGAGUGACAAUCGGAAGAGCAUCUUUGUCCACGACACGGAGCAGGCAUCUAAAGGAGCAGAAUGGUCUCUGCGCGAGCCUGGAGAUCUGGACAAUCGCACCUUGGCAUGA